AUGGAGACCCAGCAGGUGUCUCAGGGGCUUGGACUGAGCCAGUGGUUCCCUUCCCACAUGUUUCCUCAAGAGGGAUCUUCCUCAAGAGCCCCUGAGGCAGAGGAACACAAAGAACAGCACAGGACUGGCACAGACAGAGGAAACUGUAAAACGAAAGGAGACAGCCACGAAGAUCUGACUGGGACAAAAGCAGGAGCACAACUGGAGCCCGGUGCGGGGAUAUUCCCGAGCCCUCUGCUUCACAUCCCUCCGGGCAAACUCAGGGAAAUAGAAGCUCAGUUGGUCUGCGCCGACGAGGCAGACACCGAGUUUGGGUUUGGCGACGUGGCGUUGCCUGGGGUGACCCCACCAGCACAUCAGGCUCCUGCCAAAUCCCCCGAGGGCAGCCCCUGGCGCUGCGUGGACGCGCGGCUUCAGCUGCCCCUGCAGGAGGGCAGCGCUCGGUACAGGCAGGAGCAGUUCGCGGCAGCGGCGGCCAAGUUCUCCACGGCGCUGGAGCUUUGCAGUAGAGGCUUUGCUACAGAGGAUCCCUUGAAGUCCUCUCCAGAUGAUAUUUCCAGAGUUGCCAGUUUUAUUGAGUCAAAACUUGUCAUCUGUUACUUAAAACUGGGGCAGCCUGACAUUGCUCUGAGUCAUUCACACAGGAGCAUCAUUGAGAACCCCUCUUAUUUCCGCAACCACCUCCGCCAGGCCGCUUGCUUUCGAUGCCUGCAGAGAUACUCAGAGGCUGCCAGAAGCGCCAUGAUUGCUGACUGUCUGUACAUCCUGGCAGGGGGCACGGCCCUGGAGACAAGUGACCUCAUCCAGCUCUACUGGCAGGCUCUGAUUCAAGAAGCCCUCAGUGGAGAAGUGUCUUUUUCCGUUCUGUACACACCUUUUGAGAAAGAGGACGAGGCUGACAAAAUAAAGGAGGCCAAUAAAAGCUUUGCUGAGAAGCACCCUGAUUAUGUGCAGCACAUAUUCACAGAUCCUCAUGGAAUUCACCUGUUGCCAGAGAGAGCUGAGUCUCUGCCUGACCAAGAGUACUUACUGACUUUGGGCUUCAGAAACAGAGAGAUUGGAAAAACUGUGGAAAAGUCUGUAAUUCGAAAACUGCCAAUCUGUCCAGGUCAGAAAACAGCUUUCAGUCCCAGCACAGAGGAAGAAACAGAAACAUUUUGGGAAAAUACUGGGAAAAAGAUCAUGGCAGUCAUAGAUUUUAUAGGAAGCACCAAAAUAAAGGACAAGCGCAGCCCGUGCGCCCGCGCCAUCGAGCACUUCCACCGCGCCAGCCUGCUCGGCCGCCUGCAGAGAGGGGAGGAACAGGCCCAGGUGAUGGCCCAGGUGAUGGCUGAGCUGGCCACCAUUCCCUACCUGCAGAGAGUCUCUCAGGAGGAUGACAAGCUG